CAAUGGUGCAGCUUUCUCCCUGUAAUUCUGAAGAUGGGGGAGGGCAGUUGGAUAAACACCUGGCAGGCUGCCAGUUAUCCCUGAGCCCUCUGCAAGCUUCUGUCGCUUCCAGUGUCACACAGCUGCAGGCGUAUGAAACUUAUCUAGAUAAUGGUUUUGUCAGCUUGAAACACAAAAUCAGGAACAUCGAAAAAAAGAAGGUGAAACUAGAAGAUUAUAAAGACCGCCUAAGAAAUGGAGAGCAACUUAAUCCGGAUCAGCAGGAGGCAGUUGAGAAGUAUGAUGAAGUUAUUCACAAUCUAGAAUUUGCCAAGGACCUACAAAAAACCUUUAUUGCACUUAGUCAAGAUCUGUUAAAAGUUCAGAAGAAAGGCCUACGAAAGGAACACCUUCUGAAAGUGGAAUCUGAUAAGAGGAGAUUGAGAACAAUACUACAAGUCCAGUACAUGCUGCAAUCAUUUGGCCAAGAACAUGUACAGAAAGACUUCAAGGAAGGGCUGAAUGGUGCAAUGUAUAUAUCCUCUAAAGAGCUGGAUUACCUUGUAAGGUUCUCAAAGUUAGCUUGUCCUAAACGUUAUAAGCACAUGAGUCUAGAAGAUCAGAUGGAACAGAGCUGUCUCUAUUUCUGGAACUUCUUGGAAGGCAGUGACAAAACUGUAGCUGGAACAACUUAUAAAUACUUAAAAGAAUUGGCAGCCAGACUGCUAGAUUGUGGCUAUUUUGAAAAUGUACCUGACCCCCCAUGUGAGAAACCAAAAACAAAGACUUCUCUGCAUGAUCUACUGAAGAGUAACGCAAAUGAAAAACUGAAGUUGGAUAUUAAAGAGCCAGAGCCAUCUGUGGAUUAUGUAAAGCCCAUCGUUCACCCUCAAGAGCUUCCUAUCAGGCAAUAUUUAACAAAACCAGAAGCCAAAAAGCCUACUGAGGUUCCUAAGCCACUGGAGACAAACUAUACUAAAAGUGAAGUUCUAAAACCCUGGAGUGUGACUACUGAGGUUCCUAAGCCACUGGAGACAAACUAUACUAAAAGUGAAGUUCUAAAACCCUGGAGUGUGACGACUGACCUGGAGCUGCAAGACCAGAAGAGAUGGCCUUCCUCACCUGUUAUGGUGAUGCCCAAACUAUGGCAUGCUGCUCAAACUCCUCCGCCUACUCAAAGUAUUCAACCUGUACCAAAUCCUCAGACUGUACCAAAUCCUCAGAUUGCUAAAAGUAUUCACCCUGUACCAAAUCCUCUGACUGCUAAAAGUAUUCAGCCUGCAAAAAAACUUCAAGCUGCACAGCCUGAACCAAAGGAGAGACGUGAACGUAUGACAAAGCAUCCUGUGGAAAUAAAGUCAAUGAACACAAAGGAUUUGAAGGUUCCUAUUGUUAUAAACAAGCAUCCUGUGAAGAAACAAGAGGUCCUGUCAUCUGGCGAAAACAGACCGUUGCGCACUGUACCAAGCACUCCUCCGAAUCAUAGGAUACUUCCUCAGUCAGCUGCAGAAUUCAGCUCUUCUCCAACUCUUCCAAAGGAUCCAGAGCUGCGAAAACAAAUGCUUAAAGACCUUAUUGAUCAGAUAAAGGGCACUUGUAACUUCAUGCAGGAUUCCAUGUUAGAUUUUGAGUUGUCACCUAGAGUUUCCUCACCCCUCCCACCUGAGAGUCCUCUUGCUGCACCUAUAGAGUUAAAUAUACAGAACAUGGAUCCACCCCAGACACCAGAAAAGGAGUCUUCGUUGUUACUUGAAUUAGAGGAACACCACAUUUUAACCUGCAACAGUUUAUCAGAACCGGAAUCGACAGAAUCUUUAUCACUGGGUCCACAGGCUACAAAUAAAACUGAAGAAUUGACCACUGCCCAGCCUGUCAUAACUGUUGCGGAGGACACCUACAACACUGAACCACUCUAUGUAACUACCAACAGUAUUUCAGAGUCACUGCCAGAAAGAAAACAGGCAUCUCUCUCUUUAACCAUUGAACCUCCUCCAUCUCCAAAGACCCCACCAAUGAAAACUUCAGUUUUGCAACUUAAGCAGGAAAUGCCUUCUAUGUCUCCUCCUCCUAGAAGUGUACCUAUGCCCAUGACAUCUUCUCCAUUUCAAGGAAUCCAGACAGUGUUUAAGGUUAAUGCACCUCUGCCUCCGCGUAAAGAGAUAGAGAUAAAAGAUGACCCUCCGUAUUCUCCUGUCUGCCACCAAACGUUCUCUACAGCAAGUACACAGACACUGCCUCACCCUCCAAUGGAGUAUGUUGAUCAUUCCUCCCUCCUACCAGAGCCGCUAACAAGUAGCCUCUAUCAUUCAGAUGCAAGUACACAGUUGAGCAAUGGUAGCUUGUGUUACACAUCAGCUCCAAGCCUUGUGCCCCGACUGGCUCAGCCUUACCCUGGGGGCCGUGGACCUAUAAGGGGAACCAGCAGAGGAGGGAGAAUAAUGACAAAUACCUAUCGUUUUCCAAAUGGAUUUAAAGGUCCUGAGACCUAUAGAGGACCCCAGCCUGUCUCUAAUGGAACUUAUGGACAUAUUCAGUGUACUGGGCGAGAGUAUCCUACCAUGCAGUUUACAACCCGGGAAGGAAAUUCUCAUCUCUCCCAUAAACGUGGAUCAGUUUCUACAACCACACGACCCAGUUCAAGAGGUUGGAGUGAAUCCUCUCAAGUCAGCAGCCCAGAAAGACCUGAAAAUACCAGCGUUGCAGAUUCUGGACAUGGAGAUUCUCGCAGUAUUUCAUCAAUGGACAUGUCUUUGACCAGCCAAGCUACUACUAUUCUACCGGUUCAUGUUUACCCCCUGCCCCAGCAAAUGAGAGUAGCUUUUUCUGCAGCCAGAACAUCAAAUUUUGCACCUGGUACUUUGGACCAGCCAAUUGUCUUUGACCUUUUACUGAACAACCUAGGGGACACCUUUGAUUUCCAAGUUGGUCGUUUUGUAUGUCCAGUGAAUGGUACCUAUGUAUUCAUAUUUCACAUGUUAAAACUAGCUGUAAAUGUGCCUUUAUAUGUCAAUCUUAUGAGAAAUGAGGAAGUGCUUGUAUCUGCCUAUGCAAAUGAUGGUGCACCAGAUCAUGAGACUGCAAGCAACCAUGCAGUCCUACAGCUCUUCCAAGGAGACCAAAUAUGGCUGCGUCUCCACCGUGGUGCUAUAUAUGGCAGCAGCUGGAAAUACUCAACCUUCUCUGGUUAUCUGUUGUACCAAGAUUAACUUAAGAUACAGAAGAAAGCUGUUCUGAAAGUUGCACUGCCUGGUUUGUUAGUGUAGUUAAUAAUUUUCUGGUGGUAAUGUAAUUUAUUGAAAUUAUGGAAGAUUGGUCUUGUGUGGGUGUGGAUAUUCUGCCUAGCUAUGCUGCCUUCAUUGAGUUUAUUUUCUGUCUAAUGUAUAGAAAGUGAAAAGGCUUAAAUAAAAUAUUGAUUACAAAGAUGCAGAA